AUGAUGCGGGCGUUGCUCGUUUCAGCGCUGUGCCUGGCCACGGCGUGGGCCAACUACGAUGGGCCGAGGAUCUACAGAUUUUGCGGCUGUAUGAAGGAGGGCGAGGCGUUCCAUGUGAAAGGCCGGAGUCGCAUGGACCAAAAGGACUUUGUCAUUCAACUCAACAACAAUGUCGACAACAACUAUCAAUGGGGCAACCGGGAGAGAUAUGAGGUGCCCUUCCACAUCCACAUGUGGUUUGUUCAUCCACAGGUCCGCGGACUGAUGCACCACUACGAGAUUGCGUAUGGGCCGGGGAUGGCGCGUAAGGGUUGGGAUCAUGUCGAGAACAUGCCGUUGAACAUUGCUCGGAAUCAGGAUUAUCAUUACGAGAUAAGGAAAGUGAAUGGUGGAUUCACUGUGGCGUUGAAUGGAAGGGUCUUUAGGAACUUCAGGUAUGAUUUUGGAAGCUUUUAAAAAUUGAGGUUAGUAUCAUCUUUUUGGGAAAAUAAAGAGCAUGCCGUCGCACCAAAAAACGACCGCCAAGGCGAGACAUUUUGUCGCGACAAAUCCAUAUUAUUUUCCUCUAACUCUUUGGGCUAAAAAGUCUUGACACAUCUGCAUCAUGCGAAGACAUUGCCGCAAUCUGUCGCCUCUCCGCAAACGACAACUAAGCAAAUGUACCGUUCGUGAAUAAAUGCAAAUGCACCCCACGAACGGUGCUUUUUUUGCUGCGGAAGCACGAUGCAAAUACAUAUAAACGCUUUUUGAUACACCUAGUCCAACUCGAAAGCCGUUAGUUCGGAGUGAGAGGUUGAAAAUAAUGAGCACAAUGUCGCUGCACUGGUCAUGUCGCUGACGUCCGGUUACAGUGUUUAUAUUUUCUGAAAGCCAACUUUUUACUCUACAGUCAUGCCCAAUUUCAGUCUUCUAGCGCAAACGGCUAGCGAGAUAUGGAGAGGAAAAGCAAGCGUACUCGGAAUAAAACUUGAAAAAGUCGCGGAGAUCGAUUGUGUCUCAAAAGGACAGAAUGCCGUGCGUCGCUGACGUGAAAAGCAAUUUGAGUUUCUCGCGACGCAAUUAAUUUUCUCGUUGGCGCUGCGAUUUUUGUUGCGACAAAGUGCUCACUAUUUUCCCGACAGACUAAUACUUGCCACUUGCGCCAAUUUUGACUCUGAUUCAUUGCUUUUGAAAUUUUCAGAAGCCCCCGGAACGGCUGUACCAAUGGCGCAUAUGUGACCUUCACGAACAUCCAAGACGCCUGGAAGGACAAUGACCAAGGCUGCACCCAGCCAAGGCCUGCUGCUCCACGGCCCGCUCCACGGCCCGCUGCGCCAGCCACAAGAAGGCCGGCGCCACAGCCGCAGAAGGCGCCAGUCGUCAAGAACACGCCGCAGCCGGUGCACAAACCAACGCCUGCGAAACAAACACCUGCAACUCUGCCACCAAUUCCUCUUCCUCAUGGCCCUGUUAUUAUCCCGCAAGUCAGUGGAGAUGAGGACUGUUAA